AUGAAGGACCAAGGCAGCUACUCUUCUUCUGGAUCCCUCAUGGUAGGUCACAGCUCUAGAGGCCAUUGUUCCUCUGGUAGCAUCUCUUCACUUCAUCAUGGAAGCUCCAAUACACUUCACCAUAAGAGCUUCAGCUGCUCUAAUACUGGUGGUUCCUAUAAAUCAUCCAGCCACCUUGGAGGAAACUCAAAACUAUCUAUCAGUUCAUCUGCCGGUUUUGCACAUGGAGGUGGAAGUGGUCAUGGUAAACGUACAAGUCAUCACAAGAGUUCUAGCAGCCACUCUCAUAACCUACUUCGUAUUAAUGAGAAAGAUACAAUGAGGGCUCUGAAUGAGCGUCUUGCCUCCUAUUUAGACAAGGUCCAUUCGCUGGAGCAGGAGAAUGCCGAGCUGGAAAGAAAGAUAUGUGAAUGGUAUGCAAACAAUGCCCCAAGCUCACUUCCUGACUCCAGUGAGUACCUCAGGACUAUCCAGGAGCUCCAGAACCAGAUUGCUUCAUCCACAAUCAACAGUGCAAGGAUUGUCCUACAGAUAGAUAGUGCUCAACAAGAGGCAGAUGACUUCAGAAGCAGGUGUGAGAUGGAGAUAAACACAAGGAACAAUGUGGAUGGAGAUACUGGUUCAUUGAGAAGAGUCUUACAACAAAUUAACAAUGAAGUGCAAACCUUAUCCGGAGAAGUCCAAUGUCUCCAGCAAGAACUUUUCCAGAUGAGGAACAACCAUUCAGGGGAAGUGAAUGGGCUGCGUGCUCAGCUUGGAACCAGAGUCAAUGUAGAAAUGAAUGCUGCUCCAUCUGUUGACCUAAACAGAGCUUUAUCUGAGCUCAGAGAAGAAUAUGAAAACAUGAUGGAGAGGAACCUCAGGGAAGUCGAGGGCAUUUUCUUGGAAAGGAGCGCAGAACUGGACCGUGAGAUGUCUUUAGGAGCCGUGCAGUUACAGUCAGUUAAUAAUGAUAUCAUUGAUUCAAAGCGAUCUUUACAGACUCUGGAGAUCGAAUUGCAGAGCCAGCUAAGUAUGAAAUCUGCUCUGGAGGGCACCUUAUCAGAGACGGAGGCAACAUUUGGUUCACAGCUUUCCCAGUUACAAUGCAUGAUUGAUAACAUUGAGGCUCAGUUGGCACAGAUCCGAUCUGACCUAGAACAACAGAACCGCGAAUACCAAGUUCUCAUGGACCAGAAGACUCAUCUAGAGAUGGAAAUCAACACCUACAGACAUCUGCUGGAUGGACAUAACAUUCACAUUGCAGAUCAUAGAAAUUCAGGAGCAUCCGAUCACAAGUGCAAGAAAUAGACUGUGUCCUUCUCAAAACCAUCAAUGUACAAAGCUUGUGAUACCUCUCUAGAAGAAAUAAAAUGAAGUGGAAUGUUAUAACGCCAUCUGCUAUGUUACUGUUGUUUUCUGUAUUGUCUUUUCCUAAUUUUAUUUUGUUUUAUAAAACGCUUAAUGGAAGUGAAAAUCCAAUACAAGAUACAUUAGCUGUGUGUACAAGCAAAUCUGAUAUUGUUCUCAAUUAUUGGACACUAUUUGUGUCAUAUUUUUCAUAAAAACAGAACUCAUCUGCGUCUUGUACAUCAAUACAUUGUUUACUUUAACCUUGUGCAGUUUAAUCAAGUAGAGGUGUUUCUUACCAAAUUAUGGUUUUAUAGUUUUGCCGUAUAUAGUACAGUAGUCACCAAAAAUUUGGAGGAUCAUAUGGAGAAUCAUAACUGUUUCUCAAUGCUGAAAAUGUUUUAUAGCUAUUUG